AGCUCGCGCGGAGCGGUCGUGUAUCCGAACUCGCGAGGCUUUUCAGGAAAAUUUGACUUUUUUUUUCAAUUACGGAGAACGUAGUGCUGUUUUUUUGUGCCAUUUGACAGCUGUUUUUUGUGACUUUGACUGUGUAGUGUUGUUCGGUUUUUCGACAGUUGGGACAUAAUUCGCGGAUGCGUUCUUUAGCCGGGAUUCAGCUCAUUCCAAGAAACUGAAACUAAUGGAUCCGGAUAAAAGCGGGUGAAAUUUCUGGAAAGAUGGCGCGAUCCGCCAUUGCUAUUUGGCGGCAACUGCCGGUCGUUUUCACGAUUCUGCUCGUGUCCAGUUGUGUCGCUGCCAGAGACAUCUACUUGGGUGACCUGACGGAAGUGGAAGCGGCGACCAACGAGAGGCUCCGGCUGGUGUGCGGGCUGAGGCAGCGGCCGCAGACCCCGGUGCGCUGGUUCAAGGAUGAGGAGCCGAUGGAUGUCAGCCAGCUGACGCCGCGGGCGAGGGUCACGCUGCAGAGGCAGACUUUAAGGAUAAAAGGUUUCCGCCCGAGAGACGCUGGUCUGUACUCCUGCCAAGUGCGAGAUGAAGCCAAAGGCACUGAGGAAAUGAGUGUACAAAUAACACAUUCCGAACCAAAGAGGACCGCCCCGCAAGACAUUAUUGAAGAGUAUCAAUCCGACAUGGAUGUCGCUAAAAUAUUUCCUGAAAUUCUGUCACAACAUCGAGCUGAUUCUUUAGUUAUGAAUAACACAAUUGAUGACAAAGACAAUGUAGAUAACAAAAAAGAAACAAGAUUUCCGAGAGAGAAAUUAAAAGAAAACGAUGAAAUAAAAGAUGACGAUCUGGAUGAUAAAAGUGAAAAAGAUCAUUUGAAUUACGGACAUUUAGAUGACACUGUUAAAGAAUCAGCACCUACAUUUAAGCACCCUUCAAAAUUAUUUAAAAUUGAAAUGAAACCUGCGGGUAGUUCCAUCAGACUUCGAUGUGCAGCUGAAGGGAAUCCAACGCCGAACAUAACAUGGUAUAAAAAUAAUGAAACUCCUAUAGUUAGAAGUUAUGGUCAGCCGUCGUUCGGGAAAUGGUCCAUAUCUCUCGAUGAACUGACGAAAGCUGACGACGGGAACUAUACUUGUGUCAUUUGCAAUAGUCUCGGCUGUAUAAAUCAUUCCGUUGAUGUGCACGUGCAAGAGCGAUACCCAUCGAAACCCUACAUAAAAGAGGGCUAUCCAGGGAACCUAACAGUUUUGGUCAACGACACAGUCCAGUUGUCCUGUCCACCCGUCUCUGAUCUAGAGCCGUACUUAUAUUGGUAUCGACCAGCCAAUUACACAGCCAAAGACGCUGACAUUGGACCAAGUGACACGCCGAUACCACCAGGAGAUAUUGUUGAGACUGACAACCAAUCAGACAAGCCGGAGCAGUUGACGAUAUACAAUGUGACGAAGGAGGACGAGGGCUGGUACGUGUGUGUGGCUCUGAACGGGCUAGGAAACACCACCGCGAAAGGAUACCUCACUGUUCUUGAAUCCUUACCACCAGAAAAAGAAAUAGUGGACCACGGGAAGCACUCUCUACUCAUCAACAUACUGACAGCGGUGCUCGGAGCCAUGUUCUUCGUAGCGGCCAUCAUCGUCGUGAUGAUCUUCAAGAAGCUCAAGAGGGAGAAGAUAAAGAAACAACUGGCGAUCGAGACAGCGAGGGCGGUGAUCGUGACGCACUGGACGAAGAAGGUGACGGUCGAGAAACCGCCGAUGAAUGGCGCUACGCCCGCUGCGGAGCAUUUGCUAAUGCCAGUAGUGAAAAUCGAGAAACAAAAGCUCCAACAAGUGCAAAGCAACACCAGCGACUCAAUGAUGAUGUCCGAGUACGAGCUCCCAGUGGACAUAGACUGGGAGGUGCCGAGAGAGACGCUGGCCAUAGGCAAGGUUCUGGGCGAGGGCGAGUUCGGGAAGGUGGUCAAGGCGGAGUGUAUAGGGAUACUGAAGCCCGGGAUGAACAGUGUGGUCGCUGUUAAGAUGUUGAAAGAGGGCCACACGGACGCGGAAAUGAUGGCCCUAGUCUCCGAGAUGGAGAUGAUGAAGAUGAUCGGCAAGCACGUGAACAUCAUCAACCUGCUGGGCUGCUGCACGCAGGACGGGCCGCUGUACGUGAUCGUGGAGUACGCGCCCAACGGCAACCUGCGGGAGUUCCUGAGGAGCCGCCGCCCCGGGAACAGAUAUGAAUCUCCAACAGAGGAUUUGAAAGACAAGAAAACUCUUACACAGAAGGAUUUAGUCUCCUUCUCAUACCAAGUUGCAAGAGGCAUGGAGUAUUUAGCGUCUAGAAGAUGCAUCCACCGUGACUUGGCAGCUCGCAACGUGCUAGUCUCAGACGACUGUGUCCUCAAGAUCGCUGACUUCGGCCUCGCCAAGGACGUCCAGAGCAACGACUACUACAGGAAGAAGACUGAGGGCCGCCUGCCCGUGCGGUGGAUGGCUCCCGAGUCUUUGUACCACAAGGUGUUUACGACGCAGACUGAUGUCUGGUCAUUCGGCGUGCUUCUCUGGGAGAUCAUGACGCUGGGCGGCACCCCGUACCCGACCGUGCCCGGACAGUACAUGUACCAGCACCUCAGCGCCGGGCACCGGAUGGAGAAGCCGCCGUGUUGCAGUCUUGAGAUAUACAUGUUGAUGCGCGAAUGCUGGUCCUUCCAGCCCAACGACCGGCCGUCGUUCACCGAGCUGGUCGAAGAUCUAGACAAGAUCCUAACAGUCACAGCCAACCAGGAGUACCUAGACCUAGGUCUGCCACAACUAGACACGCCACCGUCCAGUUACGACGGUUCUGGAGACGAAAGCGACAGUGAAUUCCCCUUCAUAACGAAUAGUUAAAUCGAAAGUGACACUUUUCAUAAGUGAUUUGAACGAUUAUAAUGUGGUGACAUUUUGGAU